UUCAGGAAACCAUCGGAAAAUCUAACUCAAAUGGAUGGAGAGGAGGGCAUCGCUUUUAAAAAGUUGAAGCGUUCCUUUCGUGGUAAAAGGUUCCAAGACAGCUCGUGGUCAUGGGUCGUGUGUAUUUCAGCGGCUGUGUGUAAUGCAAUCAACCUUGGCUUUACACUCAGCUUUGGAGUUUUGUUCCCGGAGUUGAUGAGGUACUUUAAUGCCACAAGAGAAAGGACAGCCUGGGUUGGCUCCAUCGGCCUGGCCAUGGUUUGGUUUGCCAGUUUGCUGGCUGGAUAUCUGUGUGAUCACUUUGGAUGUCGCAUCACAUGUUUUAUGGGAGGACUCCUGUGCAUUGCAGGAUUGGUAGCGACUUCCUUCGCUAAUAGCCUCACUGUUAUGUACUUUACUUACGGUUUGGUGUACGGAAUGGGGGCCUGUUUCAUUUACAACUCUUACUUCUUGGUUGUUGGAACGUAUUUCAAACAAAAACUCUCGUUAGCUGUUGGUAUAACGGCAUUAGGAUCUGGUGCAGGUGUCCUUUACAACGGUCCGUUGCUACAGGCUCUUUUGGACGCGUUUGGAUGGAGAAACACAUUUAGAGUAAUGACGGCAACCUUCGCUCUUGUUUGCAUUUUGAGUUUGAAUUUCAAUCCAAAUGUAGAGACAACAUCGGAGGUGGAUGUGGAAUCAGAAACUUUAGACGCGGAACAAAAACUAGGAAUUAAGGGAAGAAUCACUUUUUACUGCAGCGUGUGGACAUUUCCUGUUUACACUUUUGUAGUCAUUUCUAUAACAGUUGGAAGUUUUGGCAUGUUAAUUCCAAUCAUCAAUCUGGUCAAAUAUUGUGAGGAUCUUGGGAUCAAGGCGCAGAGUGCCUCUCGAUUGUUCAUCUUCAUUGGCCUUACCUCAUCCCUUGCACGGAUUCUGUCAGGAAAACUGUGCGAAUAUCCAAAGAUUAACCCAGUGUUUGUCUAUCAGUCGUCCCUGUUUAUUGGUGGUGUAUCUGCCCUCCUGCUACCUUCUGCAACCGAAUACUGGGCCUUAGUUGUAUUUAGCUGUGCUUAUGGAACAAGCGACGGAAUUUUUAUAUCAACAUCGUGUUACAUCUUACUUAGUUGUGUGGACAAAAAAAGAAAAACAGCUUCAUUCUGUAUCGAAUGCCUGCUUUACUCGUUUUCAGCAGCGACUGGCGGACCAAUUGCUGGAAUGAUGGCAGACCAAACAGGGAACUACAUAAAUUCGUUUUACAUGACCGGCGGUGUUGUGAUGUUUGCAUUUUUGAUUCCCUUUGCAUUGAUUUUCAUCAACCGAGAAAAGUCUCGAGUCAGCCCAAUAGUGUCAAGAGAAAUGAAAGACAAAGAAGCAAAGUGUACUGCUCCAAGAGCCGAUGUGGCAGCCAAUAAUUUCCCUGCUCAGAGCUAAUUAAAAAAUAAUCGCACCCAUCUUUUUCAGCAACUUUAACAAUGUCUUCAGAGUAAAAGUCUUUCGUCUUUUAUAGUGAAACUGAAAAGCCUCAUUGCCUUUAAAAUCGAAGGCUUGUUAUGUAAGGUGAAUGGCAUAUGAUUAGUUUGGCUUUAACAAGAUUUAAUUUUAUGGGCAAAAACGCUAAUAAGAGGAACGAAUGAGCAAAGGAGAUCAGAUGAUUUAACACGAAGCUGUGAAGUACUUUAACUUUCUUUAUUUUCAUGGGGAACAGCCGUGGAAAAUUUCUGUUAAAAGCAACGGGAAGAGUUUUUUCUACCUGGACUCGACCGUAUCCUUCUUAAGUCCGGGCUCUAGAGAUUGAAAAUUUGCACUUUUGAUAUAUAUGCGUUAUUGACCAAGUGUGAGGUCAAGAUGGCUAGAUAUUAGCAGAGUUCUUUUUUUUGCGUUUCAAUGGACCGGGACCAAGUCGAGGUCCAUAGAAGCGCAAAAAAAAGGGAACGAUGCUUAUAUCGAACCAUCUUAACCAAACAAACGGCAUAAUUUAAGAAGAAUAAAAAAUGACUUGUUUAUUUUGAGAUACGGGAGAGAAAUCGACGCGCGUUCGCAACAUA